GAGUGGAGCGCAUAGUGCGCUGCCAUUGGCUGUCGUAGUGGUUGUGUGAGUGUGAGAGUGAGUACCAUAAGAGCCAUUGAGUGUAUUGCGAGCCUUAACUGGCAUUGAGUCAGACGUGCGGUGGAGUUGUGUGGAUACAGACGUGUCAGUCGUUUACUCUCUCAUUGCAUACGUUUGCCAUUUGCUGUAUAGUUGUAUAGCUGUAGUGUCGGUGCUCUCACUCCCCUAUCCUACCAGUGCUACCAGUGCUCAGCGAAGCCCACAGUGUUUGUGUUGACACCGGGACACCGGCCCACCACUGACCACAUUACCCCUAUCACUACCACUUGGAUGUUGAUGACCACUUGUGUCUCGUGUAUGUCGUGUUGAUCAUUGAUGUCCCAAAUGAAGACAACCCCUCGCGAUAGAGAGCCCUUCGAGAAGUGCUAUCGAGUGGGACCAGUGCUCGGGAAGGGCGGCUUCGGCACCGUCUAUGCCGGCACACGGAUUAAGGACUCAUUGGCGGUGGCCAUUAAGCACAUCAGCAAAGACAAGGUGACGGCUUGGGAAGGGUGUUCGGGACACCGAUUGCCUCUCGAGAUAAGUCUCCUGCGAAAAGUGGAUCACAUCUCAGGUGUGAUAAAACUGAUCGAUUGGUACGAAAGGAGCGAUUCGUUUAUCAUUAUAAUGGAGAGACCGGAAGCCGUCAAAGACUUGUUCGACUUCAUCACCGAAAAGGCUGUUCUCGAGGAGAAGUUGUCGCGACUCUUCUUCCGACAAGUGGUCGAGACUGUGAGUGCGUGUCAUAAGGCGGGUGUUAUUCACCGGGAUAUAAAGGACGAGAACAUAUUGGUUGAUAUGCGCACCUAUACCCUCAAGAUUGUCGACUUCGGCUCCGGCGCCUACUUAAAGGACAGCGCGUACACCGACUUCGACGGAACGCGAGUAUAUUCACCGCCCGAGUGGAUCCGCCACAACCGAUAUCACGGCCGCUCAGCCACUGUCUGGUCGUUGGGAGUACUCCUCUAUGACAUGGUUUGCGGCGAUAUUCCCUUCGAGAAGGACUCCGACAUUCUCUCAGCGGACGUCCGUUUCCGGCGAAAGUUGUCGUCCGAAUGUCAAGAUCUGAUCCGAAAGUGCCUCUCAAUCUCGCCCUGCGAUCGACCAUCGCUUGAGGACAUCCUAUCCCACCCCUGGAUGUCAGCCAAGUUGGAGAGUGGCGUCUCGUCGGGAAUACCAGUCCAGAGCAGACGUACGCCCAUAGACUCGCAGUCUAUGUCAGACCAGUCGUCGACCAGCAGUCAAAACAGUCACGAAUCCAUUUGACCUGAAUUUGCGUUUAGGUUCAAAACAAUUAAUUAAAUUGAAUUCAUUUUCAUUUAUUUAUAUUUUAUUUCAUCCAUGCAUUAACUCAAUUGUAAAAUAUUGUAAAUAACUUGAGAAUAUUUUAGGAAAUUAUAUAUCAGUAAUUAAAUGACUGACAAAUGAAAGUAUAAAAUAUAGACUAAAUAUUUGUACAUUUUUUGCAACUAAUUAAACAUUUUUUCACUGC